GAUAAUGACAACGAUAAUGAUAAUGACAACGAUAAUGAUAAUGACAGCAAUAGUGCUGAAGACAACGAUAAUGAUGAUGACAACGAUAAUGAUGAUGACAACAAUAAUGAUAACGAUGAUUAAUAAUGGUGAAAUAUACAACGAUACCGAGGAAAGACGUAAUGACGAAGAAGCGAUGCCAAGAACAGGGAAAAGUGAAGAUUGAAGAAGGAAUAGAGGAAACCCGAUAACAGUUGACCAAAGGAGAAGAAUGAAGCAAAACUACAGUGAAAGAGAGAGAAAGAGAGAAAGAAAGAAGAUAACGAAAGGAAAUGAAAGGAUAUACGGAUAACUGUGAAAGGGAGAUGAAAGGGAAAGAUGUAAAUGAAAUUGACGAACGAUAAAUGAAGGCAUGGCUGGAAGUGAAUAAAAGAAGAUAUGAAAGAAAGCAAAACGAAACAAGGAAAUGGAAGAAAGUAGGACUGAUAAAAGAUUAAAUGAAAGUGUGAAUGAAAUAAAUAAAAGAAGAUAUGACUAAAAUAAAGUGACAGAGGGUAGGAAUGAAAGGAAAUGAAAAAGAGGUGGAUGAAAGAUAAUUGAAGAAGAUAGGAAGGAAAGAGAAUGUAAGAAGAUACGAAUAGAGGAAAAUGGAAGAUGAUGUGAAUAAAAAAAAUGAAAUAUGAAUAAAAAACGAAAGAUGGUAUGAACGAAAGAGUGAAAGAUAUGAACGAAACAAAUGAAAAAAGAAUGGAAGAAAAUAAAAGAAGGCGACCGAUGAAAGUGACAAGCUAAAAAGAGAGAGAAAAAAAAAAAAAAAUGUGUAAGAGAGGAAAAUUGACAAUUAACAUUACAAGUCAUUCAACAAUCAACACAAGACAGUCGACAAUCAGCCUCGUAGGUCAGUCAACAAUCAACACAACAUAACAACCAAUAAUUGACGCUUCACUCCCAAACAUGACAAGACUGCGGCAGGGAUGUUUGAUACAGUGGCUGACUUCGAAGGAGGUUUUGCUGACGUCGGUGAUGGAGGAAGUGCUGCUGUGGAAGCUGAGGCUUCUCCCAUCAUCUGCCCAGAAAUAUUGUGCUUCAUACCAGAGGAAGAUAACUGUACCGAAGUGCCUGGUGUCUGCUGCUCUCAGUGGAUCUGCGGUGAUGGGCCGAGCGAGUGUGCUCUCGACACGGGCGAAGUCUACCAGAUCGGCGACACGUGGACGAACGAAUGCGAGAUAUGCAACUGCCUGUAUAGCAGCAAGGGGGCCGUCGUCAGGUGCUACAAACGAUACUGCAUUCCGCCGCCACACAGGGCAUGCGUAGAAGUGUUUAGGGAUGGGGAAUGCUGUCCGGACUAUCAUUGUAACAGCACGACCUGCCGGUAUGAGAACCGCUACUACGGCGUCGGAGAAUCGUGGCAGACGGACGACAACUGCCAGACGUGCAGCUGCAACAAGGGCGACCCGAUUCCCGAGAUCAAGUGCGAUGCGCCCGAGAUUUGCAAGCCGGCGCCUAGCCCCGCCUGCAGGCCGAUCGUUUCCGUCCAAGAGUGCUGUCCGGUGGAAUGGGAUUGCUCGGAUGCCUACCUGAUCACAGUGCCCAAGGUGUUCGUGCGAGGAAGGCAGUCGACGGUGUGUGUGUUCCUCGUGGACGACCCGCCUAUCUCGGUUAACCUUACCUUUGAAAUGACGAUCGGGCUGGAUGAAAUUCGUGCCACAGUUCUUGAUACAGUGUCGGACAGCCAUGUGUGUGUGGACUUCCCCGUGCCUGCCGGCGGCGAGGCUUCUGGCUUCCUGUCCAUCAUGGGAACCGUCGGCGCCGUACACUUGUCUAAAGAGCUGAGGAUCCACCUCCUCUCCGUCGAUAAGACUUUCGUGCAGACGGACAAGUACCUGUACGAGGAAGGGCAGUUGGUGCAGUUCCGCGUGCUGAGCGUCAAGGGCGAGAGGGCUGCCAUCUCCUACGAGAACCUGGACGAGGUGUGGAUAACCUCGCCCAUGGAGACGCGGCUGAUGCAGUGGCUCAACGUCAGCAACGACCGGGGCCUCGUGCAGCUCGAGUUCCCGCUGGCCGAGCACGUGCAGGAGGGCACGUACACAAUCCACGUACGAACUGAAGGACGAAUCACAAGCCAGGCUUUCAAGGUCGAACCAUACGUACUACCAAGAUUCGAAGUCACGGUCCACCCUCCGCCAUACACGCUUGUCUCCCAAACCACGAUCACGGUCGAAGUCUGUGCUGAUUACACGUAUGGGCAACCCGUGACAGGCAGCGGCAAUCUCUUUGUGAAGAAACACAGGUACUAUUAUUACGAAAUGGACACAAUGGACGACGUCCUUACCAUUCCUAUCCCGACCUUCAGCGGUUGCACGGACGUCGAGGUGGACACCAGCCUGAUCAACACGGAAGGUUACGGCUUCAUAGGCAAGCUCGCCCUGACAGCUGACAUCACCGAGGAAGGCACCGGGCACAUGGCCUCUGGCACCGCCACCAUCCAGCUGGCUAGCCAACGCCUCUCCUUCACGCAGAUUAGCCGAGUGAAAGAUGCCAAGCCGGGCCUGCCCUUCGAGAUGCAGAUUCAGGCGAGGUUCCCAGACGAAACAGGCGCGCCAGGAGUCGAAGUCAAAGCCUGUGUCGACACCGCGUGCAAGAACUUCGUAACGGACCAGCACGGCGUCUUCAGUGUGAUGGUGCCGCCUCACCUUGUCGAACCUCAAGGCAAACUCAAGGUGACUCUGGCGAAUGAAGACGCUCAGGAAGGGAAUCUUGGACACCUUUACCCUUCAGUAGCCUACUUCUACUUCAGUGUUUACUACUCCGAGUCGAACUCCAGUCUCUCUCUCGCCAUCCCGACGGACGCUCUCGAUUGCACUCCAGGAGAGGACAUUGGUCUGUCUUUGCCGGUGCUCUUCGUGGCGAAUAAUAUAAACACGGCUUUGAUGAGAGUGCAGGUGAUAUCAAGGAGCCAGGUGGUGUUUACUAACUCCUUCGCACAAGCCCUGGUGGCUUCGGACUUGCCUCUGGAUGAAACCGCGCUCCUCGAACCGAUGGCGGAUCUUGAGGCAGGGUUUGUGAGGGGAUCCUUCACUCUCGAGCUGAACAUUCCCUACUAUGCGUCCCCCUCUGUCAAUGUCUUGAUCUGGUAUUCCACCGGCGCCGGCGAAGUGAUAGCAGCCUCUGGCACUGUGGAAGUCAGCACCUGUCUGCCCACCGUCGCCGACCUGGCAUGGGCGCCCUCGAACACCGCAGCCCCGAAGGACGACGUUCAGAUCACGAUCACAGCAACGCCCAACUCUGUCUGCUCACUGGGUGUCGUUGACAGGAGCGUCGAGAUCCUGUCCAGAGGAAAAACAGGAAGCCUGUCAACCGCUACCGUGUUUCAGCUUUUAAAAGGAACCGAGCCUCAUAUGUGGUUGAACAGCCAAAUUGAUAAUUAUGCUUAUUGCUCAGGACAUUCCACUACUACAUACUAUGAUGAUGUUUUGGAGGACUUACCCGUGGCCAAGCGUAGUUACUAUUGGAUGCCGUUUACAUCCAUGUACAUAGAUGCGUUGUCAGCUUUCAAUGAUGCGACCGUCCUCGUGCUUUCUGAUUUGACAAUUGAAACUCGACCCUGCGAACGACAAGAUGGUGGAUUUCAUCCUAUCUACAUGGAAGAUGGUGCUGGUGUAGCCUAUGGAGACAUGGUAGAUGAGGCAGCGCCGGUACAAAUUGCAGACGGCGCAGACAGUGAGUCAGAAGGUGCAAUGGAAGAAGAGGAAGAAAUACAAGAACCUAGAUCCUAUUUCCCUGAGACGUGGCUUUGGGACAUCCACGAGAUCGGAGAGACGGGGUCGACGUCGUUCUCGGUCAAGGUCCCGGACACAGUGACGGAGUGGGUGGGCGAGGCAGUGUGCGUCAACUCGGAGUUCGGUCUCGGCCUCUCCCGGCCCGCCACCCUUACGGUCUUCACGCCCUUCUUCCUUGACCUGACGAUGCCGCCGUCUGUCCGCCGUCAGGAGCGAGUGCCUUUGCGUGUCUCCGUCUUCAACUACAUGGACCAGACGCUGCCGGUCAUCGUUAUUCUGACCCCAAACACGACGUUCACCGCCGACGAGCUGACCACGAGCGUGUGCGUGCCUGCGAACAGUAUGCAAGUGGCUGAGUUCAUUGUGGUUCCCCAAGAGGCCGGCGAGAUCUGGCUCACCUUUAGCGCCUCCGUCAGCAGCGACAGCGAAAACUGCGCCGCCGGGAACGACCUGCCGACCAAGAGUGACGUCAUGAUAAAGCCUCUGAAAGUCGUGUUCGAAGGCGUGCAAAGAGAAAUGGUAAAUAGCGUCUUCAUAUGUGGAGAUGACGCGAGCGAGAGCUGGUCACUGUCCACGCCGUCGGGAAUCAUCGAGGCAUCUGAGCGUGUGUUCGUGUCAGCCUCGGCCGAUCUCCUCGGCCCAACCAUUGAGAAUUUGGGGCACUUGGUGAGAAAGCCCUAUGGCUGUGGAGAGCAAAAUAUGAUCAACUUCGUACCCAACAUUCAUGUCGUUAGGUACCUUCACUCUAUUGGUCAAGGUGACUCCGAUAUCGUCGACCAAGCCACCAGUUUUAUGAUCACAGGCUAUCAGCGGGAGCUAACUUACCGCCGGGAUGAUGGAUCCUACAGCGCAUUCGGAGACAACGAUCCUGAAGGGUCGACUUGGCUCACGGCCUUCGUGCUGAGGUCCUUCGCUCAAGCAUCGGAGUACAUUACGAUCGACGACCACGAUUUGCAAAUGAGCGCUGAUUGGCUCCUGAGUCUCCAGAUGGAAGACGGCUGCUUCCAGUCCGUCGGGCAGGUUCAUCACACUGCUAUGAAGGGUGGUCUGGGCAGCACCUCGUCUUCAGCAGUCCCCCUCUCGGCCUACGUGGUCAUCGCCCUAAGUGAGGCUGGCCAUUUCGGCAUGGAAGCCCUCCCCGCCGCCGUCAGCUGCAUCCAGAGCGACACCGCUGCCACCGACGUCUACUCAGAAUCCCUGAAGGCCUACGCUCUCGCCUUGUCUUCGAGCGCAGACGCCCCUGGCCACAUCACCUCAGCGUACAACCUCCUUACCGCCGGCGACGAGGGAGAGAGCAUCUGGGUCGAGAGCGCGGCGUACGCUGUCUUGGCCAUGUUGAAGGUCGACCACGCAGCCUACGUCGCCCAGGUGAUCGACCUCAUCAGGAGAUUGUCGUCCCAUCGCAACAGCCUCGGGGGUUUCCACUCGACUCAGGACACUAUUUUAGCCCUCCAAGCCUUCGCUGAAUAUAGCAUUCUCUUCCCACCGUCCAACACGAACUUGGAGCUGACAGUGACGGCCAUCACCAGCUUCAACUUUCUGUUCUUGCCAGUCAACCAAUCCGUGGCGCUGACGAGGGAAAUCGAAGACCCUCUGCCUUACAAUGUUACAGUGACGCCCUCUGGAACAGGGUGCGCUGUGUUUAUGGUCGUCCACCGGUUCUACAUGCCGGAGGUCUCAGCCAACUCCAUCUUCAGCCUGACCGUCGCCUCCACCAGCGGGUCAUGCACGACCGCCAACGUCACCGUCUGCGCCUUUUACCUCCUCGCAGACGAAGAGUCGAACAUGGUCAUCGUCGAGCUUGAUCUCGAGUCUGGCUACGUUGCAGAGGAAGGUUCUCUGCAACACCUGGUGGACGGGAGGGUCAUUAAGAAAUACGAGCAAGACGAGCCCGGCAUCGUGGAAUUGUACCUCGAUUCUCUGUCAUCAACGGAGGUCUGUCUAACGGUAGCUGUGUCGCGCGAGAUCUUAGUCGAAGACGUGAAACCGGGCACCGUCUCUAUCUAUGACUACUAUCAAAACUCGGAGGAUAAAUUAGUUAAGCAACUUGCCAUAGAUAGAACUGGUUGUGCUAACUCUUCGCAUAAUGGAGGUAUGGAAGGUCUGGCUUGAAUCGGAAGUCGAGAGAAAGUCAUUUCGAAAUCCCCCCCCCGCCCCUAAAAAAAAUUCUCCAUGAAUUUCUUUCUUUGUUUUACGAUUCUGACUCUCCCAUUAGCGUUUAUAAAGAGCCUAUGAAUAACACACAAACAUCUGCUUAUUGUAAAUUAUUCCUUGUUACAAUAAAAAUCAACACCGUAGAAAAAAAAAGAGGAGAAAUAUAGAAAAAGAUUUAUAUUAAUCAAAAAAAGGCUUAAUGAGUUAUAAAAAAUACAAACAUUCAACAAAUUUCCCCGCAUCAUUCGGUGCAAAGGUCUGAAAUAGAUUUCUAUGAUUCGUGACUUCUGUGCUAAAGAUAUAGUGUCCACAGAAGUAUAAGAGAGUCAGCAAUCAAUAUGAAUCACUUUGAAAAUAUUUUAGUGUCCUGAAGAAAUCGGUACAAUUUGCUAAAUGAAAUGAACUUUAAUGUUAACCUAUUCAAAAUAUAUUCGUGUGAUUAAAAGCAUAAUUUUGGCAGCAUGAAA